AUGACGCUGUGGAAAUACUCCCUCCUGGCUGUGUCCUUCAUCUCCCUGAGCUGCUUCCUCUGGGACACCACGAACAAGCACCUUGAGUACAGUGUGUCAUUGCAGGAGGAAAAGAAGAAAAUACUGCAGCAGCUGGACCGGGAGCAAAUCAGCUCUGAAAGCAAGAAGCACUUGGAGACCUUCAAGGAGAUGCAGAGACCCUCCCAGGUGCGCCAGCUCACCAGCUACAAAGUCCUGGCAGGAGCCCUUCCCCAGGAGAAGAAACUACUGACGGUGGGGAUCUCCUCGGCGCAGCAUCCUCAGGGGAGCGCCCUCCUGCACACCCUGCAGUCCCUGUUCCAAGCCUCCUCAGAGCCCGAGCUGGACUGUAUUGUGGUGCUGGUCCACCUGUCAGAUCCCGACCCUGCGUGGCUCCACCAAAUGGCCGCCAACAUAUCAGGCCUCUUCCGAGCUCGUAUUGAGGCCCAGCAGCUGCUUGUGAUCCACGGUCAUCUCAGCGGCUCUCUUGUCCCAGGGGACCUGGGCCACAUCAACGCCUCCUCGCCCUGUGAAGCCGUUUAUUCCAGGCAGAAAGCCGACUACGCCCUCCUCAUGACCUUCGCCGUCAGCCUCUCCGAAUACUUCCUGAUGGUAGAAGAUCACGUGUUCUGCGCCCCCAAGUUUGUUUCCACCGUCUACUGGGCACUGGCAGCCUGGAAAGAACGACCCUGGGUGACCCUGGAGUUCUCUAGCCUGAGCUUCUCCGGGAAAGUAUUCCACAGCCGUGACCUCCCCCGCCUGACCACCUUCCUCCUCCUCUUCCCCAAGGACACGCCUACCCACUUGCUCCUCUCUGAAUUCCGCCUUCUCCUGGCCCAGCGUGUUCCCAUUCGUCUCAGCCCCUCGGUCUUCUAUCCCGCGGGCAAUUCUGCGUCCGAGGACACCUGCUUUCCCAAGGAGAAGGAAGUGGCCUUUGGUGAGCCAGACAACCCCGUGGCCAAUGUCCUCACGGACAUGAGCCCCGUGUGGGACGUGCUUCCCCAGUACGCGUACGUCCUGAACGAGGAGGGCUACAUCACCCUCGAUGCCUUAAGGGGCAACUACCUGGUGGUGAUUAUGGAAAAGCCGCAGAAAGUCAUCCGCAUCGAGGUGCUGACAGGUGUGGACCAGGAAGGGCAGUACCGGCUGCAGCAGGGCCAGGUAGAACUGGGCUACAGCCCCCUGGCGCAUUCCACGGGCUGCGCGCGCUACACCCUGCUGGGACCGCUGGUGCAGGGGAACCUGAACCAGCGGGUGUUUUACGAGGAAGGCACCGUGGAGCAGCUGAGCUGCAUACGGCUGCUGGUGCUGGCCUCUCAGGACUCCUGGCUCCUCAUCAGGCAGAUCAGGGUCUGGACUCAGCCCGAGGAAGAGGAGAGCUGGAGGCACCCGGGGGAUUCUGCAGGCAUUGUUGGUCUCGGGAACCCAGCCUACAUGGCUGGCAGGAAAUAA